CAAACGCGAUACGAGAAUCGAAUGAACUUCACUCGACGAGACGCCAUUUUGUACGAGUCUGCGCGGUGGGAUUUUCAUAUGGAAAGGGAAAUUGCCCCUCGGUUUGCGGGGGGGCUGAAAUUUUGCUUCGGGUAAGCGAGAAUUCGCGAACGAAGAUGAUACGUCCACCGCCGAGACUUUUAUACCAAGUUAGACGAAACCAUUCUGCGACAUGGAAGAAAAAUCCAAAACUAGACCAAAUAAUACGUGUAGACCACGCAGGCGAAUUGGGUGCUGAUCGCAUUUACGCAGGGCAGUACGCGGUCCUCGGCCGGACAGCCGAAGGUCCCACGAUCCAGCACAUGUGGGACCAAGAGAAGAUACAUAGAGAGAAGUUCGAAUCUCUUAUCAAUAAGUACAGGGUAAGACCGACUGUACUGACGCCCAUUUGGAAUGUUGCAGGAUUUGUGCUUGGCGCUGGCACAGCACUAUUAGGUAAAGAAGCUGCGAUGGCGUGCACAGUAGCAGUAGAAACAGUGAUCGUCGAUCACUAUAAUGAUCAGCUUCGUACUCUAAUGGAAGAUCCUAACGUGGACAAAGAUAUCUUGCAGACCAUCACAAAGUUUAGAGAUGAGGAACAGGAGCAUCAUGAUACUGGAAUUAAUCAUGGCGCUGAGCAGGCGCCGUUCUACCAAGCUUUGACGGAAGUGAUUAAGGCAGGCUGCAAGGUGGCCAUUGCUGUCUCCAAGAAAAUUUAAUAUUAACGCCAGAUGUAGAUAGUUUACUAUUUUUACAAUAAACUCGUAUUUAAUAUAUUUGCAUUUGUUUCAUUUGAGGUUAUACUGUAUUAUGUUAGGGCGAUGCCACACGGGCCUUGCAUCGUCGCAAACGUACUAAUUUCAUGUACCAAGUUGCUUGCGAUGACGCGCCGUUUCAACGCACUGUGUGGCAUGUCGUUCUAGUUUAGAGCGAUGCCAUACGGGCGUUGUGUUGUCUUAUGAUUU